ACUAAAAAAUUAUUAUCCAUUUGAACAUACACUUGCAAGCAUGAUUAUAAUUUCAUUCUCUCACACCAAUCACCAUCUAUAAAUACCUUGCCUUCUUGAGAGUCUAACACAACAAUCCUUAAGCUUAUUUUUCUCCUAUUACAUAUCAAAUACUUUUGAUUUAGAAAGAGAGUCAACAAAGAUGUUUGGAAUGUUUGAUAAGAACCAUAGCCAAAAGAUCAAGGGCACUGUGGUGUUGAUGCCCAAAAAUGUUUUGGACUUCAACGAUGUAACGUCCAUCAAGAGUGCCGGACUUCUUGAAGUUGCCGGGGGAAUAUUGGAUGCAGCCGCCGAUGUGGUGGGCGGAAUAGUUGACGGUACUACUGCCUUCUUAGGCCGGAACGUCGCCAUGCGGUUGAUCAGUGCUACCAAGACCGAUGCUAGUGGAAAGGGGUUAAUUGGAAAGGAAGUAUUUUUGGAGAAAUAUCUCCCAACUCUACCAACCUUGGGAGCAAGACAAGAUGCAUUUAGUAUUCAUUUUGAUUGGGAUGCUGAUUUUGGAAUUCCUGGUGCAUUUUCCUUUAGGAAUUAUACUCAAGAUGAGUUCUUCCUUGUUAGUGUCACUUUUGAUGACAUUCCCAAUCAUAAUUCUGUUCAAUUUGUUUGUAACUCAUGGGUUUACAACUUCAAAAGUUACAAAACUGAUCGCAUCUUCUUUUCCAAUGAUACAUAUCUUUUAAGUCAAACACCGGCUCCACUAGUCUACUAUAGACAAGAAGAAUUGAAAAGUCUAAGAGGAGAUGGUACUGGGCUACGAAAAGAAUGGGAAAGAGUUUAUGAUUAUGAUGUUUAUAAUGAUCUGGGUGAUCCAGAUGAAGAUGCCAAGCUUGCACGUCCAAUACUUGGAGGGUCUAACACUUAUCCAUACCCUCGAAGAGUUAGAAGUGGUAGAAAACCAACCAAAAAAGAUCCUAAAAGCGAGAAACCAGGGGUGAUAUAUGUUCCAAGAGAUGAAAAUUUCGGACACUUGAAGUCUUCUGACUUCCUUACAUAUGGAAUAAAAUCAUUGUCUCAAAAUGUCUUGCCUUUGUUUAAAUCUGUAAUUUUCGAUUCGAAUUUCACACCAAACGAGUUUGAUAGUUUUGAUGAAGUAUGUGACCUGUAUGAAGGUGGAAUUGAACUUCCUACACAUAUACUUAGCCAAAUUAGCCCCUUACCCGUUCUUAAGGAAAUUUUCCGCACUGAGGAUGGUGAACAAGUCCUCAAGUUUCCACCACCUCAUGUAAUCAAAGUUAGCAAAUCUGCGUGGAUGACUGAUGAAGAAUUUGGAAGAGAAAUGAUUGCCGGUGUAAACCCUUGUGUGAUUCGCCUACUAAAAGAGUUUCCACCAAAAAGCACAUUGGAUACUGCACUCUAUGGUGAUCAAACUAGUACACUAACAAAAGAACACUUGGAGAUUAACCUAGGUGGGCUCACAGUAGAAAAGGCACUUAAUGGUCAAAGAUUAUUCAUCUUAGAUUAUCAUGAUGCAUUCAUGCCUUAUUUGGAGAAGAUAAACAAAACUAACAAAGCUUAUGCCACAAGGACAAUCCUUUUCUUAAAAGAUGAUGGAACUUUAAAGCCAUUAGUCAUUGAAUUAAGUUUACCACACCCUAAUGGAGUUCAAUUUGGUGCUGAAAGUAAAGUUAUCUUGCCUGCAGACCAAGGUGUUGAUAGUACAAUUUGGCUAUUGGCCAAAGCUCAUGUAAUUGUUAAUGACUCAUGCUACCAUCAACUUGUGAGCCACUGGUUGAAUACUCAUGCAGUGGUUGAACCAUUCAUCAUAGCAACAAAUAGACAACUUAGUGUGCUUCACCCAAUUAAUAAGUUGUUAGAUCCUCACUUUCGAGACACAAUAAAUAUCAAUGGACUUGCUCGAAAUGCUCUAAUCAAUGCUGAUGGAAUUAUAGAGCAAUCAUUUUUGCCUGGCCCAAAUUCUGUUGAGAUAUCUUCAGCAGUAUACAAGAAUUGGGUUUUCACUGAUCAAGCAUUACCAGCUGAUCUUAUCAAGAGAGGAUUGGCAGUAGAGGAUCCAUCUUCUCCACAUGGCGUUCGUCUUGUGAUAGAAGAUUACCCUUAUGCAGUUGAUGGACUAGAGAUAUGGGAUGCUAUUAAGACAUGGGUCGAAGACUAUGUCUCGUUGUAUUAUCCAACUGACGAGGUAGUGCAAAAAGACGCGGAACUACAAAGUUGGUGGAAGGAAGUUGUGGAAAAGGGUCAUGGUGACUUGAAAGACAAGACAUGGUGGCCUAAGAUGCAAAAUAUUAAAGAUUUAAUUCAAUCAUGUUCCAUUAUCAUAUGGACUGCUUCUGCUCUUCAUGCGGCUGUUAAUUUUGGACAAUAUCCUUACGGAGGUUUUAUUCUGAACCGUCCAACACUUAGUAGAAGAUUGAUCCCCGAGAAAGGAACUCCGCAUUAUGAUGAGAUGGUGAAAAAUCCUCAAAAAGCAUAUUUGAGAACAAUUACUCCAAAAUAUGAAACCCUUGUUGAUCUUUCUGUCAUUGAGAUAUUGUCAAGACAUGCUUCUGAUGAGAUCUACCUUGGAGACAGGGAUUCUAAGUUUUGGACAUCUGAUUCAAAGGCAUUACAAGCAUUUCAAAACUUCGGAAAUAACUUGUCGAAAAUUGAACAAGAAAUUACCGAGAGAAACAAAGAUCCCGAUUUCAAAAAUCGAACUGGACCGGUCGCAUUGCCUUACACUUUGCUCCAACGUUCUAGUGAUAAUGGCUUAACCUUCAGAGGAAUUCCCAAUAGUAUCUCUAUUUGAUUUUAAAUUAUAUAUAUGUUUGUACGUGUUUUUAAUAAUAUAUCAAGUGUGCAUUUGUGCUUUAUAAUAAUAACAUAUGUAUUGUAUGUUUGUGUGGUUAAUUAUUAUGUAUUGCUGAAUUUGGGAGCUUCCAUUCAUUCCCAUAUAAAUUAAUAAUGUUUUCACUUUUCA